AGACAAUUGCUCGCCAAUAUGGCUGCCUCGAUUACUCCCGCAAACUCUUGCAUUAAACUUUCGCUGUUGGCGUCAAAAGACAUAUUUUAGAGAUGGAUAUUUAGAAUCAAGCAUUUGCUAUGUCAGCUGCGAAUACCGACGCGGGAUUUAUUUCCAGUACGGGGUUUUCCAGUCAGUGUUUUCCCGUUCGAAGCCUCACUCGAUACAAGAGACAAGAUGAUGAUGGUAAGUGUUUGGCCUUUCUUGAGGCAAAGUGGUGUUUUCUGAUGUAUUUCGUUUGGUGGAAGAUAACCAUACGUUUAUAAGGUGAAUGAAUUUAGUUAAAACACGUGGUAUGAUCAAUUUUAGUCUCGUUGGAAAGGGCUUGAAAGGGAUAAUAUUAAUAGAUAGAUAAAUAGAUAGAUAGCCUUUAUCUUAAAACGAUGAGUAUUAAAGCUACAGGAGCUUGUGGGGUCGUUUGCAAUUAACUAAUCAUUAAGUAAACUAAAAAUCUAAAGACUAGGUGUAUAUACAGAAAAAACGUUUGAACUUAAAUCAGCGGUGCUUACAAAUAUGAAAUUGUGAACAUAAAUUUAAGUAUAUACAAAGUCAUCUUUUCUAAAAUUACAAGUGGAUGCAGACGUUAUCUUGAAGCUGAAUUCAUGAAAAUUAACUUGAGAUUUAAGCUUUAGUCUGGGAUCAUGAUAUGGAAUGUUUUUUGUCAGGGCACUACAGUUGUUUGUCACUGCAUUCCACAGGACUGAGUCUCUAAACGCGACAGAGUCUUUCAUGUAAUGCGUGUUGAAGCGUGGAACAAUUAAAGAAGCGCAAGUCCGGGUUGAAUAGUUUGUGGCCCGUUUCUUAGAAAUCAGGGGCCGGUUGCUCGAAGCCUGGUUAGCGCUAACCGUUGGUUAAGAGGUAUCAAAAUGUAUAGGUUUCCAUGGUAUUUAACGCUGGUUAGCACUAACCAUGCUUCGAGCAACCCGGGCCAGAUCGAUCAAUGUGACAGGUAACCUAUCGUGGAAAGCUUUAUGAAGGCAGAUAAAAAUGGCUGAUUGAUAAUGAAUAGACAGAGUCGGACAUUGGGCCUAUUGUAGGACAUCAGCAGAUGCCAUGUCUUUCGGCAAAUUAAAGAUAAGUCUCGCAGCCCUGCAGUGAAGUCUUUCCAGGGAUUGAAAUAAGUCGGAAUUGCAGCAAGAUCCCCAUAGUAUAAGACCAUAGGUCACUGAAGGCAAAAUGACCUUAAAAUAGAGAUCCUGACGAACGUUCCUAGGGAGAAAUCUCGACUUCUUAAGUAAUCCUAGUUUUUUAGCAAAUGAUUUUUUGAGUUCCAGCAUAUGCUGAGUCCAGAUCAGUUUUUCAUCGAUGGUCAUUCCCAGUAAUCGUGAUUUCGAUAUCCAUUCAAUUGUAGAGUUUCUGAUAAAGAUCGGGGGAAUGUUAACCGGGGGAUUUGUUCUAGAGAGUAGCAUGGCAUGUCCUGUUCAAAACGGCUAUUUGGUAAUUUUGCAGUUGUAUAGUAGUGGACUGAGGGACAAAAAUAAAGCAACGAAGCUCAAGAAAGCGAAGCUAGAUAUGAUGAGGUUAUUGACUAUCCAUUUCUCUUCGGGUUUCUCGUUCUUACAAUUACAUUCAUGUCUGUAAAUUAUUUCUCUGUGUUUGUAUCAUGAUAUUACUGUACCUCUAUCCGCUAACUUCUUUUCCGCAUGUUAGUUUGCUUGUACAGUAUUAAUGAUGUCUUGAAUUAAACUAACAUAAAAUAAGUUAUAAGACAGGGCUUAUAGUGUUGUUUUUGAACGUUGCCUGGUCUAUUCAGUUUCUCUGACCGUAAACCAAACAGCAUGUUGGAAAGGAAUUACAGAAGGCAUGUCUGAAUGGAAUCUUCAUGUUUUAAAGCCUCCAUUUAUAGUUACUGCAUUGUUGUUGAUAUUUUCUGAAGGAGGGGCAUGGCUUGUUGCUUACCGUGCCGAGCAGAGAAGAAGAUUUAAAGCCGUGUUAUGUGCUGGGGAUCCAAGUCUACCAACAAAACCACUGAUUAAAAACUUUAAAAAUGAAGAAACGGACACUCUCACUGAUGUUAAAUCACAAAAACUUGAUGGAUUUUAUCUGGUAAGCUUAAACUGAAGCAUUAAUAGAAUAACUUUAAACUGGACCUAUUUCAAAAACUAUUGUUGUGCAACAAAUUUUCCCGUUCCAUGUGUUUCUUUUUUUGUCCCAAAUCAGGUCAACAUACACAGCAAAUUGUAAACCAUGCUUUUAGCUGAAAGUAAAAUAUUGCUUCACUACGCUCUACAUCAUAUGUACCGAAAAUAACAUUAUGAAAUCUGUAUUUUUUCCAGAUGAAACAAUUUCAUGUAGAUGAUCCAUCUGAUUUAUGCUCAGUAAGAAUAAGUGGACAAGAACUAAGAGAGGUACAAUAAUAUGUACAUGUAUGUUAAUUAUAUUUAAGGAUUAGAGCUAUAUGUUCAGUGUGCAGAGAAAGUCGUGUCCGAUAGCCCUGGGCUAGUGGAUUUUGCUGUAGGGCUAGUGAUUUUUGCUCUUAACUUGCCCGAUGGGUAAGUGCUGUUUUUUGGGGGAAAUUCAAAUUACAGAAGGAUUGUAAUCUACUCCUGCUAAUCAGAAAGGGUUUUGGAGCUGGUUGAAUGACUCGUGGGCUGGUACAAUUUGGUAGCUACAGCUUGCCCAAAUGGUAGGCUGUAAAACUGACUUUCUUUGCAACGUGUAUGUUACAUGUAGGUUCAUUUAAUGGGAAGUUAGCAGGGUAAACAGUGACAUUAGUCAAAUGAAAUGGUGGCAAGUGACACAAGGAUGGACUGAAACUGCAACAGUGAUGAAGAUGAGCAUAUUAUUUUACAAUAGUAGCAGCUAGGAAGUUCUUUGGUGUUAUUUUCCUUUUCUUUUCCACCUAUCAAAAUAGCCAGUGGUCAUGCUUAUAGUAGCUUGGGGAAAUCCUGGCCACUGGCCUUAGUGAUCAUGACAUCCCUGAGUGACUGUUCAAAAUGUACAGUAGGGUGAAAUUUCACAAGUGAGAUUUAUUUAAGAGCAUAGCAUAUAAAAGCAUCUUUCCCCACUGAUUUGGUUCUUCAAUUGACACAUUUUUUGUGUAUCUAGGUGAAUGAAAAUGACUUCUUGCUAUUUGACAAUGUUAUCCAUGUUGAUGCGGGAGACAACAAUCUGCCAUUUUGUGAGUUAACAGUAAAACAACUUUGAAAUAAUGUUUAGCAGUUAUUUAUAAGUAUGCAAUAAUAAUCAUUCAGCUUAAGGCAAAAUAUAUUGUACUUCUGGCAAAGAGAUUUUUUCUACUUAACAUAAAUUUAACAUGCACACAUAAUGUAACAGGGAUUGAUUUUCAUGUCUUUUCUUUGGGAUAUGUAAGUGCCUCUAAUGCCCCUCACUUUUUCCCAAUUAAAGAGCUUAAAAAUAGGGCAAAUCCAUCAUGUAGUGCUUUCAUUUGUGGUUACAAGAAAAGUUAUAAUCAAUUAUUAUUUUCUAGACACUUUCAAGAAAAUAGAAAUUAAUAAAAAAGCAAAAUCUUCCUAACAGAGUUUAAAGGUCAAAUGCAAUUUCCAGAAAGUCAUGUAGGAUGAGUUUCUUUCAUGAUGGAUUUUACUAACAAUGAUUAUGUCUUACAUUUCUUCUCAAUAUAGCUGCAUUUAGCAAAUUCUCAGCACUCCAGGAAUUAGAACUUCCUUUAAACAACAUUCACAACACCAUCAAAAUCCAGCCAGACAUGUUCACAAGCCUGAUGACUCUUGAUCUUUCCUACAAUCGUGUGACUGGAGAUGACAUUUUGGCACUUGGACUUCUUAUGAACCUUCGAACUUUGCAUCUAACAGGUAAAAGCAGAGGGAUGUUAAAUGGUAAAUUUGGGUUUCAACAGUGAACCCUUUGUUUAAAAAACUGAGACUUUCAAUCAAAACAGUUACUGUGAACUCACAAAACCAUGAACACCAGAAAUAUUUCUUGAAUAUUAUAUCACUUUGAUUGGUCAUUUACACAAAUAUAAACAUUCCUAAAAUACUUUAAAUGUUCACCGUAUUAUUAGUUCAACAGUAACACUAUGGGGUGGAACAAAUUGAACACUAAAAGAAAAGAAUUUUAACUCUAAAAUUUGAACUGAAUUAAAACUUUCUGAAACCUACAAUUUCCUUGAGCGUACGAAUUUUCACCUAGAAACCUUUCCCCCAAGGUACUAAGGGCUACUGAAUUAUAUUUAUUUUGCAAAGUUGUCUCAGUUUUGCACUGUUGACCUCAAAUUGCAUUCAGUCAUCCAUGCAGUCAGUGAUUCACAAGCAAUCUUAAUACAUCCAUCUUGGUCUGUUCUUUGGAAACAUGAGGAGCCUCUGAAAUUUCAAAAUUUUUCAAGUUGGGUAGAUUCUUAUGACAUUGAGUAGACUGUUCUAAGCAAAAUAAACUCUAAGGAGAUAUCACAUGAGUUGCUGCAUCAUAGACACUUUUUGCCACACGAUGGACCUCCAGGAAACUGUGCAAUACAUACUCUACCACAAUGUUUCACACUAGUAUAUCAAAAGUGCUGAUUGUUGCUUUUUUAUUCUUACUUAUUUUGGCAAUAAAGCUAAUAAUCAAAAUUGUAGCUUGGAAUGUUUUGCUAGACAUCAUGAUUAUUAAUACCGGUACAUCUGUAUUGUUCCAGACUUCCAAGGUGAUUCAUGGAACGAUUUUAACAGUUAUACUAGAUUACUUCUCUUGAAAUAUUGAUUGCUCUGGAAAAUUGUUUUUCCAAGUCACUGACAAUCAAAAUUUAAAUUUUUUUUAGUUAUAAUUAAUUUGUUUUCUAGGCAAUGAGAUAAAAAGACUUCCAGUGGAAAUGACAAGAAUGUACAGAACAAUAACAGGAAUGACAAUGUAAGUGUUUAAAAAAUUGAUUGUUUUCUGCAAAUUGAAAGCACUUAAUAUAGAUACAGGGUGUUUUGUCUCCCUCUUCAUUUUCUUCUUAAUUGCUUAUACUCUUAAUAAAUUCUUAAUUAAUUGGGGGGCAUGAACUUGCUCCCCACCCAAUAUAAAUGCCUGUAAAAUUUGGUGACUUUGCUGAGCUAUUUAUCUUAAAAGUUGCCAGUUUUCAACAAAUCACGCUCAAAUUUAGCGUUUUUACCAAUUUUAAAGCGUUCUUUUCAGCCAUGUUGACAGAUUUUUACUCUGAUCCCAAUCAACAAUUGAAAAAACCGUGGGAGGGUCUUUGUUAUGCUGUUAUGACGAAUCAUAAAAAAAAUCAGGUUACACAAUUAAGUAUGGCACAAAACCUUGUGCAAGGUCUAGUUUUCUCUCACCUCAUUGGCUUUUUUCCUGCAACAGUAUAUACUCAGUCUGGUGUUCACUAUUGUUGUGAGUUUCAGAGUAUUUAAUUACAUACAUGUACAGCAUACAGAUGCCACUUCUGUAGAUAGACUAUCAUUGUACACAACAACUCACUUCAUUUAGUUGGAACAUAAUUUAACAUCUCAUCUCUACAUCUAUCUCCUAAGAUAACCAUGGAAAGUUCCAGUGUAAAGCAAUCGUAAAGUGUUUAUUGUUACAUUUAAUGAUAAUGGGUUUUGAAAAUUAACCCUUUCAGUCCUAAUAGUGACCAACAACAAUUUUCUCCUAACAAUAUCCAUACACUGUCAAGAGAUAAAGUUAUGAGAAUUAAUAAAAUGAUCAUCAUAGAGAAAAUUCCAUGAUCUUUUAUCAAAUUCUCUCAACUCAUUUUUAAAGGAGAUGUAUGGAGAUCAGUUUGGAGAAUUUGUAUGUGGAUAUUGGGGCUUAAAGGGUUAAGUGAAAGUGCCCUUUCAAAUUCACCAUUAGCACAUCUUCCAUAAUACACCUUGUCUGCGCCCCAAAACUUUGCAUAACCUUUGUUUUUAGUUUCUCCUGGAUAUAACAGUGGUCCUAAGAGAAAUUGAAGACAAUGCUUAUGCAAAAUUUUGGGGGGCAAACAAGCUGUAUUAUGGGAGAUGUGCAAAUGAGCUACUUUACAACGUAAAUCAUGUUUUUUAGCAAUUUUCUUUUGUUUUAUGCAGGUCAGGGAAUAUUGAAUCCCACGAGAGAAAACUGAGAUUUCCUGCUCUGGAAAACUUAUACCUUGAUCAUAAUGAACUAACAGAUUUAUCCACCUUUGCCAGCCUGGCAGGAUUAAGAAAGUAUGGACUAAAAUUUUGUUAACGUUAUGCAUAAAAUUUCUAUGAAAUUAUUUACAGAGUAUAUCACUGAAUGUGAAGACUGAUCUGGCAGAAAUUUGANUUUGUCCACCUUUGCCAGCCUGGCAGGAUUAAGAAAGUAUGGACUAAAAUUUUGUUAACGUUAUGCAUAAAAUUUCUAUGAAAUUAUUUACAGAGUAUAUCACUGAAUGUGAAGACUGAUCUGGCAGAAAUUUGAACUACCUUGCAUGCAAAUCAGGGCUGUCAUUAAGAGCCAGGGGCCAGGGCUUUUCCCCAGCUACUGUGAAUGUCUGCUUUCAUAGGAAAAUAGAAGAAAAUAUAACCAAAAGAAAUCCCUAGCUCUGAUUCCCUGCCUACUUUUUGUAUUUACCCGGCAACUUGUAAUCUCAGUGACAUCCGUGAUGCGAAUGCAAUGCCUGUUUCUCAGGUAUGCAAUAGUUGAACUGCGAUCUACAGCUGGUAAUGGAUUCACUUUUAUAUAAUAAGUUUAUUGGUUGAAUGUGGGGAAGGCUUGUCUUCCCUGGGCCUGUUUUAAAAGUCAAAGCUCACAUGUGCUUAAUUUAAUACUACCGAAACGGUUAGCCUGCGUAUCAGGAAAAGCAAUCUGUGAUAACUGAAUUCAAAACUUUACAGACCGUUUAGUGAGGAAGUCAUCCACGGUCAUUAAAUGACAAAAAUUAUACAGGUCUUGAUGUUGUGUUUUAUUUGUAUAAUUGUAAGCAUCCAGACGAGACAGUUAUUCAUUUCGUGCUCAAGGGCUGGUUCAAUUAGCUUGUAGGUUUUUUUUUUAAUUUUAUACUUGUUUUCCAAGUGUUAUAUUUGAUAAUUUGUAAAGUGAUUUUUCAUAGUGGCAUAGUGAAAAGUUAGGUAAUUAGAUUUUGUUUCUAAGAAGGGCGUCUCAAGGAGCGUAUUGUGCUAGAAGAAAUCAAACUGCUCAUAUAAGCACAACUACCAAUUUAAAAUUCUAAUUUCUUCAACAGGCUGAGAUAUCUUAAUUUGGAACACAAUGAAAUCUCCUCCAUUCCCCAUCUUCGGCUUCUGGGUGCCCGAGUAAGAGACCUUUCCCAGAAAGAGAAUGAAGAUGUCUUCAACGAGGAGCCGGGUGAUAGCUCUGCACCUAGUUUUCCUCAGGAGAAGGACAGCGAUUCACAGGGUAAAAAUGAAGGACGUUUUAGUGAUACCAAAGAGGAAUCGAAGACUGAAGAGAAGAAAGAAAGUAACGACGAGUUGAUUCUUGAUGAAGUUGAUAAAAUUCUAAACCAAAAACUGGCGGAUGAUGAACAGAAUGAGGAACACAAACGGCCUGAAAUGCAACCAAAAUCCAGCGUACUUACUGAAGAUGCUUCUCUUUUAGGUACGUUUAUUGGAAUGUAUUUCGAUGGUCUUGACUAAUAAGCGCGUAAAAAAUCACUUAGUUAUUAAAAACGCCAGACUGCGAAUAGUCUCUUUUUUCUCUUUUAAACUUCAGUAAAGCAAGAGCAUUACGCGUGAGGGGCGACUAGAGAAGCUGCGAGAAAAAAGGGGGCAAGCCCCAGCAAAGAAAAAACAUGAGUUAUUCUCACCUUUUCUUCGCCAGGGCUUGUGCCAAAAGAUGCUUAUUGUCCCAAGCUCGUGACAUGACAGUUUCACUGUUUAUUAUUUCUAAUUGUUCGUGUGAUACACAUGAAGACAUGAAGAUUACUGCUUUUGAUAUUUCAGGUGACCAAUAUAAUCCACCGAUGCCUUUCGCCCACUUACUUCACCUAAACCUUGCAAAUAAUCUCAUCUUUGAGGAAGAAGGGCUCUUGGCUUUGAUGGGCUGGCCUUCUCUUAGAGAACUUGUGUUGUGGGGCAAUCCGCUUACCACUGCAUUCAAGGGAGACCCACCAAUUCUUUCAUUUCAGCUCGGAAGACUUAAAGGUGUGAGAAUUUUCAGGUGAGGAACACUUCUGAGUUUUUAUAGUCAAGGUUAUAAAAAGAGAUCUUGCGGUAAAACGGUUUUGCGCCUUCAUAUGUCCAGCCGUACAAAUCGAAAGUAUCCCUCUGCUCCUUCGUUUUGCAGGACGCGCCGUGAACACGUUUUGACGGUUUAUUUUCCUCCUUCUUUGCAGGCAAAAGCCCCCGAAAAGACCCAAGCCAGUUUUGAAUCUUGCGAACACUAAUAGAAAAGUAAGUUGAUUUUCAAGAAACUCUCCCAUGGUCCCUGGUCUUGUUCAGGUAGUGUGUCUGCCUGACUUUUAGAACGAUGCUGCGUAAAAUUAGUUAGAUCCCUUUUAUCCGUGACUGUUACCGCAAAUAGAGAUUGAUGGACGAAUUUCGGUCAUCCAGUGGUGGUCCUUUUCUUCAUUGUCGUGCUGUUGUAAAUCCCCAAAGUGUUUAGCGUCCCAUGCAGGUGUUUUUAGGAGAGUCGUAUUUUCUCCCUCCCCUGAAAACGCUUUCGAGAAAGGUUAUAAAGUGUUUGGUCAAGCAAUUGCCCGAAACGUUUGUGAUAAUGAAGAGAGGUGUCUUAGUGCAGAUCGUGUCGGUCUUCAGGCGGUAAGAUGGACUUGAAACGAAAGGUGAUUCCCUGGACCGUGCCAGAGCUUAGGCCUUUGGCAGAUAACGUAGCCGACCACGAACUCAACAUCUCCACAGUACUCGAACGUCGCAUGCGACAAAAAACUCCAAUACCCUAGCCUGCAAGCAAGCUCUUCAACCAUAGAGAGCGAAAAUCUCUUUUCGCGUGUGGCUCUCGCGUGAAUUCUCGCGACUCCCCCAAAUAGAGAGCUUGCUGGCAGGCUACUAAUACCCAGGGUAGCGGGGUGGAUGCCCACGGUUAGAAAACGCUGCAGAAGAAUGGAGCAUUAGCAGACCAACGAAUAUCCAGAUAACUUCUCUUUCCCGCCGGAACAUAGAGGAGUGUAUCAAGCCCCUGCGAUCAUUGUAGUCGUAGAAAUAGUACUUCCACGUACUGUAAGGAAAUUUAGUUCCGCUAGCUAUUCCCGUGUUAUCAUGUUUUGUAUUUGCAUGACGGUAAAAUUUAUUUAAUUUCCUCUUUUUCGAACCCCAGGUGAAAGACGCUCUUCCUCCAAUGCCCAAGAAACAAUUUCUCGCUAUGUUGGAGGGCCCUCCUGAGAAGACAUCAGACGAAUACAUUGGAUCACCGUACAGAACGUUGCCGCCAAUAGGAUCUGCCCCGCCCACUGGCCGACGCUCGAAAUCCACCAGCCCUAGGAAGCUCUCCACAGCUCCUGGUCUGACGGAGACCACACCGAGAGACAGUGUACGACCUCAGUAUGAACGCACUAACAGCAUGCCUCCAGAGAUUCCAGGGUCUUCUCAGUACAGGUCUGACCUCAGUACAAGGCAAACCGUGAAGACAGAUGGACAAGCUACUGUUGGUGAGAGCGUCGGCACUGCUGAUGGGCGUGGUCAGCCACGUGCUGAUCGACAGAUUAACUCUGAAGAUGGAUUCUUCAUGACGCAAGUAAGACUUUUUAAUUUCCUGAGGUUUGUUCCCCUAGCAUUUUUGAUAUUCGAGGUCCCUGCACUACAUAUGGUCGGGUUUUUCAAACAUGAAUUUCUCGUCGAUAAUUUCUCCGGUUAAGAUGGGCCUAUAAUACGUCAGGACAAGUUUAUAAACGAACAGAGUGAUCAUGUUAAAUUUAAAUUAAGAGAAAGGUGGAUUGCAUUUGGAUUUCCACGGGAGUAAGAUGGAAAACGUGCAUUUAAAAUUCACACAGGAAAACUAUUUUUACAGUAACGUAAACACUUCCGAGUCAUAGGAAGUAGCUAGUGUUACUUUUCAUUUGAAAAAAAAAGACGUACUUAACAUACCAACUAGAUUCUAGUACUGCUUAACAACCUUAGGAUUUCAUUGACAGUCUCAAAAGUUAGAACCACUUGCAACAGAAAAACAAAGUUCCACAGUAAAUCACAGAGCUUUCAGUUUCAUCUCACUAUUUCGCGAACUGUAUAAACUGACUAUUAACCAUUUAUUUCCAUCUUUUUGCCCCGUCUUGUAUAAGUUUUGUUCAUUCAUUGCCAUUUACGCCAACAGGUAGAUGACCUUGAAGAAGGACAAGAAGUGGAGCCUCCAAAACAAAAAUCGAAGAAAACAAAAGAAAAAGAGCGACCAUUUAGCGUGGAAACAAAAUACAAAGGCUACGAAGAACUGUUGGAUGUUGAUGAAGAUGACCCGGACAUUCUUAUUCCGCGUGACGUGCAAGGAAGUGUCAGGGCUUUAAAUUACGCUUUGGCACACCCUUUGAUCUUUAGUGAGUCGCACGGUACAUACAAAGAAAGGAGAGUGAAGAAGGAAAAGGUAAUCUACAUGCUGAUUCUGUGAUACAAACACUUAGGCAAAGCUAACAGCGAAGCCCCUGUAUUCCGCGUGGUCAGGGCUUUGAAUUAUGCUUUGCUACACCCUCUGAUCUUCAGUGAGUCGCACGGUACACAGGGUACAUACAAACAAAAGAGAGUGAAAAAGGCAGAGGUAGUCUUUAUGCCGAUUUUAAAUCAAAGCUGCCUUGGUUGCCUUAAAGCACGUCCGUUUCAUGGUUAGCAAUACAGUCAGCUGUUUUUUUGCUCUUUUUUGUCUUAUAAUAUAAACACGUAGGCAAAGCUAAAAGCGGAGGUCACAUAUAAUCGGAUUUUUUCUUCCGGAACGGUAAAUCGUAUCCUACAUGUCGUGUAAGAAAGUGUUAGGGCCUUAAGUCAAAUGGUGCAUACAAAAAAAGAGAAUUAGAAAGACUAAGGUAUAAACUAUAUGAAAAAAUACCGUUGGCUGUCUCAAAACUAGCGUGUUUCCUUAUCGCUUGGAACACUCGUACGCAAUACAAAAACUGGUCGCCCUUGUAGUAGUUGUUGUUUUUUCUUUGUCGUAUCUUGAAAAUGUCAGAGUUUUUUAUUUGCGGGGGACAAUCAGCUCCGUCAGCUCUUAAUAUCACCUUCUUAACUGCUUUUUGUGUGCAAUCUGAUGUGUUAUGCCACGGAUUGAAGUACCUUUCUUGUUCUUGUUUUUCAGACUGUAUCGAUAUCAGUUGGGUCCAAAUCACGACAAAGUAAAGUUGAAGAGCUCGGUGGGAUCUUGGACAAAAUGAGAGUUCAAUCCAAGACAAAAGAGUCUAACCUAGGUGAGUUUCUUGUCAGCGAGACCGCAUUCAGUUAGAUAUUGGGUACCCAAAGUGUGAUUACACCAUAUUGUGCCGGUUCUGGGCGCGGCACUUGUGGUCGGAUUCCAAGUGUGAACGGCCCCUAUCUUACAACUUCAUAAUAUUUCAACAGAUUACACCAUAUUGUGCCGGUCCUAGGUGCGGAACUUGUGGUCGGAUACCAAGUGUAAACAGCCCCUAUCUUACAAUUUCACAAUAUUUCAACAGUACCAGACAUCUCAACCGGAAGAGUUAACCCAAAAAGCAACUUUUCCAGAGUAAACGAUGGUUGAAUAACAUGAUUGUCACUUUCUGUUUGCUUUGCUUUAGCAACCGCUCUUCAAGAUUUCAAGAAAGACCCUAAACACAAACAAGAGUACAAGGAGGCCAAAAAGCUUUUAAAUGAGGUGAGUAAAAUUCUCUGCUUUUUCACUCCUUGAUUUUUUAACUUUGAAUUUGAAUUAGAAAUCGCCUAGACAUGAUGUGGUAAUCAGUUUUCCUUGCAAUUGGCGAGCCUGAAGUGUCUGCUAGAUCACCUUAAAUGAGGAAGAAGGAGAGAGUGUUGAUCGAGGAAUACAGAAGGAAGGUCCUGUUUGAAGGGCAGUUCUAGGAUUUUGUUUUGGGCGGGUGCGUUCUGGGGUUAAGGCAACGAGGGGUUAUAAGUUCCAAGUAUAUCUGGAGUAAGAAGAUGGGUGUAGGCGGGCUGCACCUAAGAAUCUAAGACUCGCCCUUUUUUUCAGGCCAGUUGUUUGGAAGCUUAUGCUAGUUAAUUUCUAAUUAUACCUUGAGAAAAAGCUCACUUUCCCCCUGCAUAUUAUUUUGCUUCCCUCAGGUGCAAACAAUAUACAACGAGGUUCGUGUUGCUUCACUGAAACCUGCUGCUACUGCGCGGGAUCUGUUUGGAACAAAACCCGAAAGGAGAAGAAGCGCAGAGAACAAAGAGUCUGGCGGAGAAACUGGUCACGAUCUUAUGGAAAGUUUAGGAGGCGAAAAGAAUAUUGCAAAGGAACUGAAAAGAUUUAAAGAAAAAGUCGAUAGCCGGUUAUGAAAUUAGGUUUCAACUAGUCGCUCCAAUUCAUCUCCGUAUUUCUAGCUAGUUUCUUGCCUUACAUAGUGAUUUUGUGUGCAUAUAAAAGCUAGUCAGUGCAUCUGACAGGUAUAUACUGUACAAAGAUUGUAAAUAAGUUGUACAUAAAAUUUUUUAAAAGAGAAUGAGAGAAUGCCAGUACUUUAGUUUAUUCACCUUUGAGAGAG